UCACCCAGGAACCAGAGGAGGGUAGGCUGCUCCGACCAAGAUGGCGACCCGCGAUGAAGCAGGAAACACAUUUGGUUUUCAGUAAUAUUCCUCAGUCGAGAGUCUCGGUCGGACGGUGUAUGUUGGAAGAAGGGUGAGAAGAGUUUUUGGAGACCCAGGACAGAGCAGAUGCUGAUACUCUAAAUGGCUGCGAGGAAGUCUGGAUCAGAUAUCCACAACAAUGGACCCAUCAGCUACCUUGAUGACGUUCCUUUCAAGCUCAACGACAAAUUUCGCUGCCCUGCAAAAGUGGGUCUGCCCAUUGGCUUCUGUUUGCCUGACUGUCAUUCUUUGCUGUCAGACAUGCAGUAUGACUUCUCAUUAGAGAAACUAAGUGCGCGCUGGGGGGAGGACCUGGCCAAGGUGCGAGCUGACGAGGCUCAGGCAGCUGAGUUAAGGCGGGUGGAAUCUGAGAAAGACAGGCAGGCUGCUUCACAGGACAGUGAUGCUGGAUUGAAAGCCCAUCCUGCCGAUGAACAGGACCUCCUCCCACCUGCACUGAAUCCUGUCCUGGCAGGCCUCCGGCAUAAUGCCAUCCUGACCCCACUUCCUGCCCCAAGUUUUGGACCAGCACAACCAGCACCCAACAACCCAGCCCCUCAGAGUCUGAACCUGGCUGACUUUGAGCGAGAGGAGGACCCUUUUGACAAACUGGAGCUCAAAACGCUGGAUGAUAAAGAGGAGCUGCGCAGCAUCCUCCAGAGCCAGCCACAGUCAUCUAUCUCAGCCCCUGAGCCCCCUCCUCCAGAACCUCGUCCCACCUCACAGAGCAACACCCCACCUCUACAAGCCAAAUCGGCCCUCUUCCAUAAACCCAAUGGGCUGAUAGGACUGCUGGACCUGGAGCGUCCAGGUGGCGGGGGCGUGGUGGCCACCAGAGGACAAAUUGAUGCUGAACGUCCCUGCAACAUUCGCUCUCUGACUUUUCCCAAGCUGUCAGACCCAGGGGAUUCACCCUCAGAGGCUCCCCUCAACUUGUACCCAGCAGCCCCUCCACGCAGCCUACCUAAUGGUACCCCACCAUUGCUGCUGAGAUCAAUACCACAUACCAAUUCUUCGAUGCAUGUAGAACUGUCAGGCCAUGCUCCAAAUGGCACACCAAAGCAGUCCAGUCCUGUCCCUGCCGCUGGUCCUCCCUCACACCCCAGACCUGCUAGUGAAGCGCUGCUCAGUCUUUCUCCUAGUGAGCGACAAUGUGUGGAGACAAUAGUGGGCAUGGGCUACUCUUAUGAGGGCGUUCUCAAAGCCAUGCAGAGGCAAGGGCAAAAUGUUGAACAGGUUCUGGAGUACCUUUUUGUCCACAGUCGACUGUGUGAGCGAGGCUUUGACGCCACUGCUGUGGAAGAGUGUUUGGAGAUGUACCAGUGCUCUGAGGAAAAGGCUCUGCAGUUUCUGCAGCUGAUGUCCCAGUUUGGUGAGAUGGGCUUUGAAAGAGAUGCCAUUAAAGAGGUUCUGUUAGUGCAUAAUAAUGAUCAGGACAAAGCUCUGGAGGACUUGAUGGCCCGUGCUGCUGCAAGCUGAACCAGAGCAGUGUGUCCUCCUAGAGUCACCCCUUCCUUGCCCCUCAACACUGCGACCACAGAGAGAAUGAGUUAGAGAGUGCUUGUGGGCGAGAGCAUGUGAAGGAAAUGGAGGUAGGGGUGUAGGCUGAGGGUGCCUCAGACAGAAUAAGUAAAUAUGUACCCCUUAAAAAACAUAAGCCCUUUGAGGUAGGGUUUGAAUCGGACCAUGCAGCGUCACCUUCAUCCCGCCUCAGCUAUAACCCUGUUAAGUGAUCUUAGAGUGGUUGUGGGUGGGAGGAGACUGAGCCCUCGCCAGUGGAGCAGCAUUGGCUUGGUUCUCCAUUGCCACACAGGGGGAACUGGCGGACAUUGGGGUGGUGCUGAAGAGAAGGAAUUGAGAGGAUUCCAAUGGGAGUCCAGUUCCACAGGACAUGGACUCACUCCCAGCUACAACGCUGCCAUCUCUCGCUGCUGAGCGCAGGCUUUCAGAACUGAUGGGAACUUAACACAUACAUGCACACCAUUUCUGAACAGAGAACUCAAAGAAGUGCCCUCUCUGUUCCUGCUACUGACUGGCUUUCUUUUUCUCUGAUCUGUCUCUGCUGUUUUUUUAUUCAUAUGUUAAUUUGUUGAGCUGUUUAACAGACAAAAUCAUUUUGUUUAUUUUUGUCCUUUUUUCAAGAUUCUGUUUCUUUGCCCUCUGGUAUAGGAACUUAAUUAACCGGACUAAUUACCGCAGUGUAUGUUGAGGACAGCAGUUAAGAAAAAGAUGCCUAGAUGGCUUUUGCACUGGAAUGGACAGCACAUUUAAGUUGAAAGGAAAGAGCCGAAGUGUUUCUGGAAAUGCAAUAUUUAAAACGUCAAAGCAUUUUCAUCCAAAUGUCAUGCAAGUCUGGAUACUGCACAGACACCGAAUCACAGAUAUUAAUAUAAACUUAUUUAAAUUUGUUCAAGGAUACACUGACACUUUCAAUCUGUAAUAAAGAUUUAGAAAAUCUUUACCAUUAGCCAGUGGAUGUUACAAGUAUUUGGAAAUUCAUGUCAAUGUGGUUAAUUCAAGAAAGCGUCUCACGAUUUUGCAGUGGACAGAUCAAGGGUUGGGGCUGUAAAGUCUUGCCAUGUGCUUGGUGGGUGAUUAGAGUCCCAUUAGAGGGUGAUCACUAUAUGCAUCCAUGCUUGCAUUUCUUGACGUGUUAAGAACGUUGAUGACUAAGCUAAAAUGACUGCAAAACUACUGUAACCAGUUUCACUCCUGUAGCUUAUUCAUACGUAGUUUGUGCUUCAAUUGUGUAACACGCUAAUCACUUUUCUUAUGGCUCAAUAAUUUGGACUGUUGACCUCUGCUCAGCGAAAGCUAUGUCGAUGUGACAUGCAUUCAUAGUGGCUGUUGAGCUGGGCCAAUACUUGGUAUGCCAUUUUGGGACUUUUUGUUUAAGGAUUAUAUUUUAAUCCCUUCAUAGUUCAGCAGCCAAACACUUUCAUGUGGUUUUAUGUUAUUUUGAGUGGGGUGAAAGAAAGUGGCAUCUAUACACAAUUUUACUCCUUCUUUAGUAAAUAAGAGGCAGUUAUCUGGUUUAAUAUUGGCUUAAAAGCUUACUGGAAAAACUGUACAAGCAAACUUUGGUACAGCUGAAACUGCAUUAAGCACUAUUCAUCACUGUGAAGUUCAUAUUAAUGACAAGGAUACAAUAUGAGCGAGUUGAUUGACAAAUGGAUGGUUCCCUUCUUUGAGGUGGGACUGCUGGCCUAUUACAGCAAACAGUGAUUCACUGAACAUUUGCAGGUGCUCCAGAGUCCAGUUUCCCAAAAGCAUAUUAGUGUUAAGGUUAUCUAAACUGGAGUGAUAGAGCAAGCAUCACACUGAACACUCUCACUCCAGUUGAAAUGACCUAAACACUAAUAUACUGUUGGGAAACUAAACAUUUGCAGGAGUCCAGAGUCUAGUUUCCCAAAAGCAUGUUGGUGUAAAGGUUGUCUUAACUGGCCUGAGAGAGUGUUCAGUGUGAUGCUUGCUCGACCAUUUAAGAAUCAAAUUUCCUGAAAACCCAGCCCAGAUCAGUUUCUCCUAACAGUCAGGUUCGCAGACAACUUCAAGUUCAGGUUUUAUGUUUGAAAUGACAUGAUCACGUUUAAUGUUUCAGUUUUAAUGAGCUGGUACUUCCUUGCUUCUUCGAAAUGAUUUCUAGAUGGGUGUUACAGGGUGUAAACAGGGUAAUUCCUCUACUGCUUUUGUAAUUUGGCUUUGGCAUUUCAAUCCAUUGAAGGUGGUGAGGUUCAAAAGGGGUAAAAAAGAUUUGUGAGAUAAAGUUGUUGGCGGUGACCACAUCCUAAUGUAGUGAAAAUGCAUAAAUUCGCCAGUACAGUUCCUGACAUGGGAUUGUUUCUUUUGAACAGAGUAAAGCUUAAACUUUUAUCA